AGAGACGAGCGCAACAGAAUAAGAAGGUGGAGAGAGCCACCAAGGCACUAAGCUACUGAAUAGGAUGCUGAAAGGUAUAGGCAUAGCCUAAAGACAUGGCCGGCGUUGACUAUCCCCAACGCUUUCCGGACAAUGAUAUAAUUGCAAGGAAUAACAUCCCCGCUAGAAUAUUAAGCCUUGCCGAAUUUGCUAAGUGUGCGAGUACGCCGCAGGAGCUUGGGACCACAGAGGUGAUCCCUCUGCUUAAGUAGCUAGAAUUUAUAGAAAAUUUUCGUGCACGAUUAACUGCCCCGAUUUUUUUUGAAUUUUUAGAAUAAGGUGCUUAUUGAUUUUUAGGGAACAUAAAGUUUGGAUUGGUAAUAUUAUAGUGCUUGUUAGACUCAAAGUGGGACUUUGUUACAGUCAAGACCUAUGCUAUACUAGAUCCGGAGACUCGUUGCAGGCGUAGCACGUUUGAAAACAACUCGACCCUGAUAGAAUUUAAAACAUUUGCAUUCUGCAUGAAACAGCGCACAUCGUUCACUUUUAAGAAACACUGCAUGCUAGAUCCAUAAAAUCGAACGAUCAGAUCAAUACGCGCGUAAGAGUAAGACCCUCUAGAAUCUUAAAAGCCGCACUAGUGUUCUACUUCCCCCGAGAUCGUUCAAGAUAUUUUUCGCUCAAGAUAGUCAACCAAGGGCUAAAUCGUUUUGCUUUCUUGUUAGUUUUGCCUACUUGUUUUAUUUAGCGCAUUCGAUCUGUUUGCAGUCUAACCCAAUAAUAUCUUGGUGCAUUUACUGGCUGUUUUAACGUCCUCGUUAAUUGUUUGAUAAAGUUCGUCUGCUAUUUGCCCUUUCUUAGACUCAGAAGUAUUACACCACUGACAGUUAUAAAGCCGCACUAGUGUUCUACUUCCCCCGAGAUACUUCAACUUUUUGAAGCUCAAGAUAGUAGUUGUUCUUAGUUGAUUUGUGUCCCCGCCGAGCAAGCAGCAAGUAGUAUCCUUGAGUUUGCGUCGAAAAUAGGUCAUUUUUUAGCACAGUAACUGCAGCAAGCUGUCGAUCCAUCCGAAACAUUUUCGAUCAGACCAGUCAACUUUUUCCAGUAUCCUCGGGGUAGUUAGAAAGUUGUCAGUUGGUUAAAGUAAGUAGGCGGCAGAGGGCGUUUGAAAUACUGAACUGUACGCACGGAUCUAAAAUUAGCGAUCAGUAAAGAAUUCAAAAUUGAGGAUCUUCGACGGAUCAAGUUUUUGGUUGGUCACCGGAACGACCAGCAGCACAGUAGAGUAAACGUCUUCAACAUCAGCAACAUCAUCACUAAGCUCAUCAAUUGAGUCAAGACGCUCACUACAACAACAACAACAACAGCCAAGUGAUUCAUUUACUCGAUCAACCGCAGGCUUCUCGAGUACCAUUGGGGUGCAUCACUAUCAUCGCUAUACUAGUCGAAUUGAUUCGCUUGAUGUCGUGUUGCGCAAUAUUAUAAAACAACUAUAAUUUUUUCAAGCACUGUUCUCUCCGCUUCAACUCAUUUCAAGCACAGCUGUUCUCUCCGCUUCAAAGCUUAUUAUACUAGAAGAGCUAACAACAACUACGAUGUUCGGACUAUCUGGAGGAUCUCAAUCUCGUAGCACAGGGGCGCUGCUCUUUGUGGCCGUCCUCGGAUUGGGCUGUGUGCCUACUUCUACCAUCGCCGUCAAGCUCAAGAAAGCGGGCAACCCCCCGAACCCGGUGGGCUUUUUAGAGGCGCGAGAUGAUGGAGGAGGAGCGCCAGCAGCAGGUGCUCCUUUGGAAGAUGAUUUGGAAACGGGGGGAGGUCCACACCCACCUGAGGCUGCGCCUGAGCCUGAAGGCGCAAACCCUGCUGGAGGCGCAGGUGAUGAAGGCGCAGCUCAAACUCCAACUGCCUCACCAGCUCAAGAAGCCGAACGCCGUGCUACCUGCUGCUCUCGUUGGAAGAAGAACCUCUGCAAAGUUCUUCUAGGAGUUUCAGCGAUACAGGUCUUGACCCCUAUUGCAUGGGAAUUUGGAAAUCCUUUUUUGCAGCAUCGUCGGGCGAUCGAACCCUUGGAUCCCGCUACCGAUGUGCAACACACUGGCAUUGAUCAAGGCUGCCCCGUUGGUACCUGUCGCUUUUAUCCUGGAGACCUUUCCGGAAACAGUGACGAGGCAACUUUCGUUAAACAGGAAGCGCAAGAAGGAAGUUCUAUUUACUUUACGAGUGUACUAGGAAAUGCAUCUCCAAAGAGAUCACCAUCUGGAGGAAGAAAAUAGGAAGACUUAGGUAUAAUCCAGAAGAUGAUCUCUGACAAGAUGAUCUCUCUCUCUCUCUCUUGCACUGAACUUUGUGCGACUCGCUCGCACUACAAAAAAAAAAGCGAGAUUAAUUGUAUUGUAUUUGAUGGCAUUGCAUUGUUCCACCCUAGUAUACAUCAUUAUAGUGCCUCCUCUAAUUACUGUCUGAGGCGCGAGUUUAAUCUUCCUUGUGAGGAAAUCGCUAGAAAUGGAGCCGAUCUGCGCAAUCCUGCGUUGCUUUGUCUGGCAGACGAAAGACAAUGUGGCCGAUUUGUGCCUGAGGUGAAUCAGAGCGACGUGAAGAAGUUUCUUUCGGAAAUUGACGGCAUGUCGUAUGACGCUAUGAGUUCCCAUGCAUCCGAGCAGGAAAUGUGUAUGAACCUGCGACCAGACAGAACAACCAGGAGUUCAAAAAGCAACGGAGGAGGUACUUCCUCCGCUGGAGACGAGGGUAGUUCUUCUUCUUCGGCAAGAACAUUAGCUGCUCAAGAAAUUGGAAGUCCACAAUUUCAAAAGUGUGUCGUGCAGCUCCAUGUCGAUGUUGCUCUCGGUGACGCAGAGUCCGCAACGCUCUUCUACCCGUCGGCACCUCCAGCGGGAGCUGCGUGCGAAAGGGGAGCAUUCGUUGACUGCAAUAUCAAAGUGCUACAGGUGCGCAACAUUCAGCGGGAGAUGCUUCGCGUUAUGGAUUCAAGGAAUCACAGGUACGAUGGUAGUUCAUCAGUUGCGAUGAUCGCUCCUCCGAAAAGAAACGAAUUCGACAACGAUCAGCAGAGUCCUUUCGCUUGGCGAGGGUAUCCGCGGAUGUGGCCAGAAGGGCUUUCGAGCAUCUACAAGGAAGCGUUUCUCAACUUAGGUGGGCCCAACAAUCUUUUGCCUUGGAGAACAUUGAAAGGCGAUUACAACUCUCACCUCGUGCAGGAGGGCACCUGGGUUUACCGAGGUAUUCUGAUCCGCAAUCUUCCAGGCCCAAAAGGUAUCACGGCCCCUGCCAUGGACGUUGCGAAUGUUGAAGCGUAUCUGCGAGCACACUACCCAGUGUCCUCGUACUUGGUUUGGGAAAGACCGAGACAUACGACUUCUCUCGCAGGAGUUGCCAUCUGUUACAUGUUGAACAGACCUCCGAGUGCAGCAUCUUGGAAAGCGCCCGAUAUGCUCGAUAACAUUAUACCGAAGGAGUUUUGCAGUGCGGCCCCGUUCAACUGGGCCGAUGCGUACGACCCUCCAAAACGAGAUACCGAUCUACCGCUGAUGUACAACAUCGAAAUUCCGGAAGGCCUCACGGAACGGGAACAACAACGCGUAGCUAAAAAGGGAGGCGGCUUUUUGCAUUGGUUGAAGACAGGCUGGCUUUGGUUAUGGUUAAGUACUUAAUAAAUUGAAUUAAUCAACAAGAAAUGGUGAUGAUCCAUCCUGCUCAUGGUCUGCUCACUUUAUAAGUGCUUUCUUACUUAUGCUGUCGAAAAAGGCCCAACGCAAGACCAGAACAGGAAAAUACUCACCUUGCACACAUCUUGCCUCAUUCGCUCGUGCCUUCAUUCUCGUCCUCGUUAAUUAAAUCCACUCAUGUAUUGCACAGCGACAGCUUAGUAGUUUGCCUUUGCCAAGGGAUAAUAAUCUCUUGUGCCUUACCCCUGCACUACCCAUGACAAGGUGUCCCCCACACUCCAAACAAUACCUCGCGAGCAGGUCUAAAUGAAUGAAUUAAUUAAUUACUGGUGGUGCAGCAACCUAACCUGUACGGUUCUGGUAUUUGGUAACCUGAAUUUGAUCACAAGGAUAUCCUUCGUGUUUUCCUUAUGAUUGAAAUCAGGUUACCAAAUACCAGAGCCAUUCAUAACCUAGAAUGCCUUAAUUGCGGUGUGCCUAAUGUCCACAACCUAACGACAAGUUAGUAGGAGUUUGCCAGGAAAAUAAUCUUAAUCUCUUGUUGUGCCUUAUAACUAUAUUUAGACUGAUGCAGGAGCUGCAUCAAUCUUGCAGUUGCAUCUCACAGUUUUAAUUACCCCGCGAAUGGGUAAACUACUACUACUUCUAAUAUCCGCUGGCUAUGAGCACCAAGUCCUAACGUCGCCUGGGAGCUUGUUCAAAAUCAAGAAGGUAGAGCUGGGUCGCACUAAAGUUUGGGACUACUUUGGAAAAGGAGAAGUGGCCAAAGCGGCCGCAAGCAAAGAAGCAGAAGGGACGAAGGUGGAAGAGGCGGGCGACUUUCAUGCAAUUGUGACUUUGGAGCUCGUGCGGUAUGGAGACGCGCCAGAAGACUGGACCAAAGCGGUGGAACCUUCUAGAAAGGUCGUAGAAGAGGAGGCGGAUGCUCUUCAUGAGGAACAUCUUCGACAACCACAGGGCCAUGAGGGUCGUGAGGCGACCGUGAUCGGAUGAAGAGCAAUGUUAAAGACGAAAGAACCUGGUUCGAGCAUGUCCAGGAGAAGGUUCUGCAACUAUAAUUAGAUCCUAAGAAGCGUACGACCGUAAUUCAUCCUAAGAAGCAUCUUUGAUGCCUGCCUUGCCCUUUACUUACUAAGGGGGAAAAGCGUCAAAGAUGCCAUCUUUCAAGAUGAAUAUUUGUAAGGUCUAAUUAGAGCUCCAGCUCCCACGACCGUGGAGGUGGACGUACUCUUGCACAGCUUCCAGUCGACGUCGGGCUGUUCUGAAAACCUGUCGAACAGGUAAGAAAAAGUGCUCUAUUACUUCACGAGUUGCAUUCGUGACCUAAAGUCGCUUUUAGUGUUGCGUUCCGCUGGUCGGGGGUCCGUGGUGUCUUGCUUGAAGAAGGAAGUCUGCAAAAAUUAAGAUCGGCGUUGGAAGGGCCAAGAAGAUGACGCUGAUCCAAGCAUGAUGGUGCAAGGACGAUGAUGGUCGUUGUUUUCAGAUGAUGUUGAUUAGGAUUUUAGAUUGCUGUUGUUGUCCUCUUGGGUUUUCCUUGGGUUACUUAGUACUAAGCACCUAGGAUAAAAAUAGUAAAUCUUCCAAUACAUCAAUGACCUCUUGCCAGGCACAUCAAUCAAUCAGUCAAGCAAUCAGUCAUCCAUAGAAGGCCAACCAAUCGCGCGGCGUCCUCACAUAUAGCGGAAAAAAUUCCUCGCGUCCCUUGAGUCGGAGCCGCUUUUUCACUCUGACUCCAAAAACCUUUCGCUUUUGUCACCUUUCCAGCAUCCACAUCCCCACCGAAAACAUGUAGGAAAAGUUGAUAAAAGUUAGGGAUGGUUUUAUGAACACUGAAGAAUCGUUCCUG